AUGGAAACAGAGGCACGUGAAUUCUCACUGAAAGCGACGGAGGGUUAUCACAGCUUUCUUCUCUUCCUAUUGUAUUUCCCGGAAAACCGUAAACGGCGUCCGCAUGAGCCACUGUCGUUGCAUCUGGAUCUGCCGGCCCAGAUGCACGCCCCAAUUUCCGUGGAAUGGAAAGUCUCCUUGGUCGUAGCGGCUUUGUGCUUGGGUCACUUGGCCAUCUCAUUUUUUAUUACGGUGCUAUUGCUGGUUUUUGUGGGUGGCCCCGAUCACUGGCAAACCAAUUACUGGGCGGCCUUUUUGGGCAUCUUUAGCAUGGUAUUGGCUGCGCUGCAGUAUUUCCCGCAGAUAUGGAAAACAUGGAAACGAAAGGCAGUCGGUGCAUUAAGUAUCCCUAUGAUGAUGCUGCAAACGCCAGGCACAGCGUUGUUUGUGUAUUCAAUCAUGGUGCGACCGGGUACCAAUUGGACGGCUUGGAUCACGUACAUGGUAACAGGGAUAUUGCAAGGAACAUUGUUGGUGUUAUGCAUUGUAUGGCACUUCAGAAAUAAGCGACUCGGCAUCCGCGAUCUAGCUACACCCGAUGUGGCUGAAUCGAAUGAUGAACCGGACGAAAGAACACGAUUGUUAUCUGAUAGUACGAGAGGAUAG